AUGGCUUUCAGAAACAAAAAGAAAUUGAUAGUUGGAAUUGAUUAUGGCACUACCUUAAGGACUCAGUUUUGCCUUAUCAAUGCAUCUGAUUUUAAUGAUAUCAAGCCUUGGACUAAGUAUCCUGGUGCCUCAUCUCAUCAUGCUGAGAUGGCCGUGAAAGCCCCAACGCGAGUCGCCUUUGCAUGCGAAAAUAAGGAUCUUGACGAGGACGCGUGGGGUUAUCAAAUUGAGCCAGACAUGAAGGCGUACGCCUUAACGAAGCUCCUUCUAGAUAAAGACACGCUCCAGUCAGAAUAUGAUGAUCCAGAACUAGCUACUUCUAUUUCCAGAGGAGACGAAUUCAUGCUCCCCACCGGCAAGUCAGCGCUCACCGUCGCCACGCGAUUUUUGAAAGGAAUGUAUGACAUGUUUGAAAAGGCUGCUGUUGAAAUGCUGGGUGAAGACGGUUUCAAUGACAUGCCAAUUGACUACUGGCUGACUGUCCCUGCGACAUGGAGCGAGAAAGCCAAGCUUCUCACAAGAUGUGCCGCUCUCGAUGCCGGCUUUGCUUCCAAGGAGAGUGACAAAAUCAUGCUUAUCCCAGAACCAGAGGCAGCAGCACAUGCGGCACUCAAAUCUGGAUUGCAUACUUUGGCCAAUUUCGUCGAGACGGGAACUAAUGUGAUGGUUUGCGACUGCGGCGGUGGUACUGUGGACAUUACUUCAUACGAGAUCCAAAGAACACAUCCUACCCUAAAACUAAGGGAGGUAGCCGUUGGGGCAGCCGGAAAGUGCGGUGGUACAUUCGUGGAUAGGAAUUUCUUCAAGCUCAUGGUUGAACGAUUUGGCGAGGCUUUCACAUCACUCGGGGCCGACCAAAUUGGCCCAGCAAGUUCAUUUAUGGAUCAAUUUGAGCUCAAGAAAAAGGAUUUCAGUAUGAAGAAUCCCAGCAAACGGCCUCAUCGCCUAAUUCUUCCAAUGCCCUCGUUGCAACUCACUCCGGAAAUUCAGAAGUAUUACGAGAAGCGGUCAUCUUCUGUUUUACUCAGGCCGGAAGACUUCAAAAUCUUGUUUGAUCCUGUCAUCGACAAGAUCGAAAAGUUGGUUCAAGAUCAAGUUUCUGAAGUCGAGCGGCGGGAAGGAUCUUCCAUCAGCACCAUCAUCCUAGUCGGUGGCUUCGGAUCUUCACCGUACCUCAACGAAAGAUUGGAGAGUUGGUGCAAACAACGAAGGAUCCGGCUCAAACUGCCGUGGACAGACGGAUGGUCUGCCAUCGUUCGUGGCUCGGUCCUCCGAGGGCUUGAGGGUUCAAUUGUCAAAGAAAAAAAAUGCCGGCGUCACUAUGGCUAUACACUUUCCCAUCGAUACAAUCCCUCGCUUCAUGCAGGAUACAACAAACUAAAACGCUUCACUCAUUACGACAGGUUCAGUAAGGCCGACUAUUUGUCUGGAUUCAUGAACUGGAGUAUAGGCAAGGGCACUGUCAUCCAUUCUUCAACUGAAAUCGACGGCCAAAUCUAUUUUCAGGUCUCCGAAUGUUCCCUUUUUCAUGGGCGGAUGACUCUUUAUUCUUGUAGCUUGGAUGACGGUCCACCGACCAUCGAGAGCGACAGAAUCGAAGAAGUUGGAAGAGUCAGAUAUUCAAUACCGCUAGAUCUUUUAGAUCUUGAUAGAACAGAAAGUCUUGUUGAAGAUGGGAAAACCUGGUACAAUAUCCACGUCACUAUGCGCACCCGACUUGAUGAUGAUUCAGGCCACCUUAUAUUCUCGGUCCACUAUGAUGGGAAAGAA